CAUCCGUUUGGCAUCAAAAAAAAAUCUGAAGAGCCGCGAGAGAGAGAGAGAGAGAGAGAGAGAGAGAGAUGGGGGACGAGAAGGUGAAGAAGGAGGCGAUGGAGAUAAUGGCAAUGUUUGAAGUACUUCCGCGUUUGGUUGUCUUCGAUCUCGACUACACUCUCUGGCCUUUCUACUGUGAAUGUCGCUCCAAGCGUGAAAUGCCAUCAUUGUAUCCCCAUGCCAAAGGCAUCUUAUAUGCAUGCAAGGACAAGGGAAUUGAUGUUGCCAUUGCAUCUAGAUCGCCUACUGCAGAUAUAGCAAAGACGUUUCUUGACAAAUUGGACAUAAGAUCAAUGUUUGUAGCCCUGGAGAUUUUUUCUAGUUGGACACACAAGACAGAGCACUUCCAAAGAAUUAAUUGGAGGACCGGGGUGCCCUAUAAUUCAAUGAUCUUUUUUGAUGAUGAGGAUCGGAACAUAGAAGCGGUUUCGAAAAUGGGUGUGACCAGCAUCUUGGUUGGAAACGGGGUAACUCUUGGGGCUUUGAGGCAAGGGCUUAUGAAAUUUUCUCAAAGUUCCGGUUCAUCAAGUAAGAGCAAGAAAAAGUGAAAGUUCCUCCUAUGUUCAAUUUGCAUUACAAUGCGAGACAUUGAAAUUGUUUUGUAUCAGCGGGGAUUCUUUUACUAAUCCCUGUUGAAGUAUUUGAUACAAUCUGGUUAUGUCAAUACUACCUAGGUAUUGUAAGGUUUCUGUUAUUUUUUCAGAGUGGUACCAAAGAGUUUGGUUUGUAGUAUAUAAAGUUUCAAAGAUUUGUUGUGUAGAGAUAAAUUAGGGGAUCAAAUACUGUCUUAUCUCUUGCACUGUGGAACUGGCAAGUCGU